AUGUGCACACGUAUCCGCGUAUACGUUCGACUAAAACAGAGAGAGACGAGCGCUAAAAUUAUGCGAACGUUUUCUGAUCCGUCACAUCUCUAUUCCGUAGGAGUAUCUCCAACGCGUGAAGCAUUAGUGGUCGAGCAGAACGCUAUCUGCCAUAUUUCAAACUAUACACUUGAUAGUGAAAAGCGCAUUGCGCUGAGCUAUACUGCCUUUUCUAUCGAGAAAAUAAAGCAGAUGCGCAAUCUCUCCGAAGUAAAACCACCGGCCCACGCGUUUUUAGUGAAAGUUUUGUAUUACUUGGCCAGAUUCUGGUCACAGCCCUGGAGACCACUAUUUGCUCCACUAAAUCUUGGGCCAGUGACGGGAUAA